AUGAAUUCUUCGAUGCGAAAAAUAAUUUACUACGAAAAUAUCUUGGAAUUUAAAAAGUCUAUACAAAGUACACUAACUGUAAAGGAAUUGAAUAACUGGCAAUUGUGUAGAACUUGCUUAAGCGAAACUAAUGACAACGAUGUGGAUGUUGAAAAGAUAUGUAUUAUGGAUGCAGAAACAGGUCGCCUAUUGAAGUUUAAUGAAAUGAUGGCAAAAAUUACUACAAUACAGAUAGACAAAGGAGAUGAUCUGCCUUCGAAGUUGUGCAAAGAAUGCUUGGAAAAAGUAACAAAUUUAUAUUAUUUCUCGAUACAAAUAGAAAAAGCUCAAAAUGUUCUCAGCAAAUUGUUCGACAGUGUCCGUAAUGUUGCAACAAAUACUGUGAAGAGUAAAGAUGAUGUUUGUACAAUUACUGAGAGCAAUGCUGGAGAUGAAAAUGAUGCAUGUACAAGUACUACGUCGCAAAAAGAAGAAGCCGUUUCCGUGCACCAUAUAAUAGUAAAUGUUUGUGAAAAUGAGCUGGACAAAGAAAUUAAUAAUUUAAUAAAAAUGGACGUGGAAGAUAGUACAACAACUAAUAAUAAACAAAUGAAUCAACAGAUUUCUAACUCAAAUGAAGAUGGUUAUUUCAAUGACACACAAGGUUCUCCAUCUGAUGGCCAAAAUGACGAUACUGAUAUUUAUAAUACCGAAGAUGAUAUGGAGCAAGAAAUGGUAGAUGAGAUUUAUACUAUUGAGGAAGACAAUGAUGAAAGCCUAACAAUAAACUGUGUUAUUAAUCAAGAGGAACGUACAAAUGAUCGACAUGAAGUUAAGCACAAACAGCCUAGAAUUAAAAAACCAUUACUUAAGAGUACAGAAUGUGGAAUUUGUAAAAAGGUAUUCAAACGUCAACGUGAUCUUGUCGCUCAUGUCAAAGAUGAACAUCCAAAUAGUAAAGCAUAUCAGUGUCGUGAAUGUCUGGCAUAUUUCUCCCAUACACAGUCGUUAUCACGUCACAUGAAUAUCCAUAAACCAGUUGUACAUAAAUAUAAGUGUAAAUUUUGUUCUAAACCCUUUUUACGUCCCGAUGAUUUACAACGUCACAUACGAACACACACCGGAGAGAGGCCGUAUCAAUGUACAAUUUGUGAGAAAUCCUUUAAACAACACAGUGAAGUUAAACAGCAUCUUUUGACGCAUACAGGACAAAAAAGUUACAAAUGUGAUAAAUGUGAUCGCCAAUUUGCAUCACGUAAUAGUUUGUAUUUACACAAGAAAACACAUCAAUAG